AUGUGUAGAUUUAUUUUUUAUUUGGGAUCACCAAUUAAAUUAUCGGCCAUUGUAACUGAACCAAGUCAUGGUUUAUUACAUCAAAGUUUACAUUCAAUAUGUCCAGGUGUUUCUUUAAAUGCCGAUGGUUUUGGUAUUGCAUGGUGGGUACCAGAGAUUACUCCGAUUCCAUGUGUUUUCAAAGAUAUUACUCCUGCAUGGUCAAAUGUUAAUCUUAGACAAUUAUCAAGAGUGGUAAAGAGUGGCUGUUUGAUGAGCCAUAUAAGGGCUGCAUCUGCCGGAGCCAUCACAACUACCAAUUGUCAUCCAUUCACCUAUAGAAACCUCAGUUGGAUGCAUAAUGGUACUCUAUCUUAUCAUACUCAAUUAAGAAGAGAUGUUUUAAAUCUUUUAUCUCAAUCUGGAUUUGAAUUAAUUAAAGGAACAACAGAUACAGAAUUAUUAUUUGCAUUAUUUAUUACCAAUUAUGAAAGAGAGAUUGGAUAUGUACCAAAACCAAAAGAAAUAUCGACCACUGCCAUUUAUUCGACACAUCAUAGUUUUCUUGAACCAGAGGAAGAAGCCUAUCCAAAGAGACACGACAAUGCUCAAAUAUUUGCAAAGGUAUUGAAAGAGACGAUACAUCAAGUUCACGCACUCAUAUUAAAGUAUGAGAUUGACAAUGGAAUAGUGAUGGACGAGGGUGAUGCUGGUGCAUCUGCGACACUACAGAUAACAAAAACUUGCGCAAAACUUAAUCUAUGUGUGUCUGAUGGUUCGUGUGUCGUUGCAUCUCGUUAUGUGACUGGUCCAACUACUUGCGCACAUACAUUGUUUUGGUCACGUGGUCAAUCACUCGAAUGUGACAAGGGUGCAUGUCUCUUGUCGGGAAGCACCAACACUCUCAAACAAUCGGUUAUCAUUAGUUCCGAACCUUUGGCUCUGGAUUUCAAAUGCAGUGAGGUCCCUGUCAACAAUAUGGUCGUUGCAAAUGAUGAUGGCUAUUUUGAAAUCCUUCCAAUAAAUUAA